CUGACACAUUAAACACUACUUACACAUAACCUGUAAUUUUUAAAUAAUUUUCUGCUGUUAUAAAGUUUAGUAUUAAACACAUUACAGUGUAAUUAGUUAUCAAAAAUGUGAAAAGGAAGCCUCAUGUGCAGUGUAGUAAUAGUUAUUGUACAAUAAAAAUGAAUUAACCAUGGAUGCAAAAAAUUGUGAGGAGACAGGUCUUGCAACCUCUGAAGCUUUGUACAAACUGCAAAAUGAAAUAGAGCAAGUCCUUAUUCAGUUUAAAUUAUCGCAAAAAUCUCGUAAUUCUAGGUCAUGGUUGUUUUCUGCACUUAAUCAUUCUAGUCAACAUACUACCAUCAACUGGGUCUCAACACUAUUAUUGAUUCUCUCAUCCUUUUUAUUUUUGUUUUCCUAUUUUAUUCAUCCUGUGACAGAGGUUUUGAUUUAUCAGUCAGUUUUUAUUUUAAUUUUAACAAUAAUUAGUAUCAUAAUUGAAGUAAAUGACAAUAAAUUGAGACAUAAUGAAAUAUUCAACAGAGCCCAAAAUCUACUACAACAACUACGAACUGACUGUAAAAAUUUAAAGUGGGUCACAUCAAACUAUCCUCAUCUCUUAUCUCCCUAUUCUCCAUGCAUUACUCUACAGUGGACUUAUAGAGAUGGUAAAUUAGUUAAUUUACCAUGGGCUCUUUUGGUAAAAGGUGAUUUGAUAUUGAUACGUCCUGGUCAGAUAGUACCUGGGUACUGUGAGGCAGUAGAUAAAAAUUCUGAUUUUCCUUUGUUACAUUUGAAAGAGGUUUACGGGCCAUCGUUGCCUACAGCCAAUGAAUUCUUUAGUGUGGCAAAAAUGAGGAAACCGUUACAAAACAAAAAGUACAGACUUUUAGAAACACCAUAUUUGCAUAAUCUUCGAAUUGCUUUAGAACAGUCAUUAGAUCGACCAAUCACCCAAUAUAAUCAGCAAAGACAUCUUUUGAUGAUCAAAAUUGGCGAACAGUUCAUUGUGCCUUCUGUCUUAGUUAUAAUUUAUGUAAUAAAUUUUGUACGGUACAUGUAUUUGGAGCAUUAUAUAGGAAGCGUUCAUUGGAUAGACUCUUUCGUCUUAGUACCUGUUUGUACUGUUUUACCUUUAUUACCCAUUAUUUUCCCUAUAUUGUGGAACCUCUUGAAUUGUUAUGGAAUGGCAAGGUUUCAAGUAUUUUUUAAUGAGUCCAAAAAGUUGCAGCCCACUGAAGAGGACUUUUUUGAGGAAGAAGAAGACAAUAAGUUGUCAUACCCAAUAGUAAAUUGUAAUUGGAUAAGUAUAUGGAAAAAUUUUGUAAAAGUUUUUAAAGGAGAUGGUGAUAUUUUAAUGAGGACUGCUAAUAUUGUGCAUGUUCUUGGUUCCAUCACAGCCUUUUGCUGUGUUGACAAGAAGGGGGUAUUAUCUUGGCCCAACCCAACAGCAGAAAAAAUAUUUUUUCUGCGUAAUUCUGAUAACGUAUCGCGCACAUCAAGUUUAGCUAAUUUAGGGGAAUUAAGUGCUGAUAAUGAUAGCAUUCACGACGACGAUGCAGUACAGCAUCAGCCUCGUUCUGAGGAUUACCGUGAAUCGUCUCAUGCCGAAGUAUUGGACCUUACACGCGAUCAUAAAGACCCUUUUAAGCUUUGUUUUGAUGAUAUGAACUGGCGCAAAAAUAUCAGUUCGUUAAAACCUCUUGGUCUGGCUGUUUUAUUGAACACUUGUAACUUGGAUACUCAGGAAUAUUACACCCAAUUCUGUUCGCAUAUAACGUGUGAAGCUAUGUACAACGAAAAUUUAGUGCCUGUUGCCAAUCGAAGAUGUUUAUGUGAAUUGGCCAAAGAAAUUGGUUUUUCUAGUGAUGCUCAAAAGGCUUUCUCUUUAGAGCAACAAUUGUCGACGUACCGUCACCUGCAAACAGAAAUGGUUCGUAGAGACAACAAGUAUGCUAGGUCUUUACAAAUGCAAACAAAGUUAAAGUUUCCCUUUCCUCAUAUGUUUGCCGUUAUUGUAAAAGAACUGAGUUCCGGGUCCACUCAGCUCCUUUCACAGGGAACAGCUGAUGUAAUUUUGGAUUCCUGCGUUGACUAUUGGGACGGCCAAGACCUGUGCACGUUAACUCAGGCUGACAGGAAAAAAAUUCAGGAUUUCUAUCAAAGGACAAGUUUGACAGCUUAUUGUACUGCUUUUGCUUACAGGCCUGUAAAUAAAGCUGUUAACGAAAAAUUAGGAAAGUUAUACUUGGAAUUACCAAGUGAUAGUCGUCACCUGUAUUUAAGUCAUCGUAGCCCAUCUCCUAUACAUUGGGAAUGUAGACCUGUGCUAGAGCCAAAAACAAGGACACCAUUGGGACCUUUUUGUAGUACUGAUUCACUUUUGUGUAAUGGAAGUCCGGUUUCGGACAUUUCUGAUGCAGACAGUUAUUUUGAAAUGCAGUGCAAUCAAGUUUUUAUUGGAAUGGUCACUAUGCAGUAUCAAGUUAUUUCUGAUAUGGUUCACUUAAUAGACCAAUUGGAAGCAGCUUGUAUUCGUUUUGUACAUUUUAGUAAAGAAAACGAGCUAAGAUCUAGGGUGUUCAGUGAGAAAAUGGGGCUAGAAAGUGGAUGGAAUUGUCAUAUAUCUUUACUCAGUGAUAGAAGCAGAAGGGACAGUGGACCGCUCGAAUGCUGGGCUAACAACGGAACUUUGCGCGUUUGUUCGCCGGACUUAUUGCCCAAACGAAAACAGCACAUCAAUAGAAUCGUUAGUUCGACUACUUCUGACUCUGCGAGGCCUCUGUUAGACAACACUAGCAAUUUGGAUUCGUCAAAGAUGCUAAGUUAUUCUGCACCAAGCGCUAUAAAUGUAGAAUAUUCUGUUGUCAAGUUUGAAGAGGAAGAAAAGGAGUCUAACAUCAGGGAAAUAGAGAGUGAUGAUCCGGAGCAACCUUUACAAGAAAUUAAAAACACCACUAGUCAGGACAGUGUCCAGAUUCGCACAGUAGACUUAAAUACUUCUCAUGAAUGGCAAUCGUUAAGCUGUCUCACAGAUAGUUCUGAUCAAAGUGCUCCUAUAAAUUUUGAUAUGAGCAACAGGGUAAGUAAAAAAACGUAGUGUCAAAUUUCAAGUUGAUAACACUAACAGUUGCUGAGAUAAUCAAUUGUGAUAUAAAACAGCCAGCAUACGAAAAGUUGUCAAAAAGAUUCCGGUUUACCUUAUUUAGGCACCUACAAUGUCUAAAAUAUACAAAUAUUAAAAUUGUUCUGUCUGUUAGCGAAUUCUGCAAAAACUAUUGAAAGGAUUUUCAUAGAUCUUUCACCACUGGUUAAGAUUGUGGGAGUAGUACAAGGUUGGUUUUGUUUUGAAACGACAUUAAAAAAAACAUAAAAAACAAGGUAAAAAUGAUAAGGACGUUUACUGUGCAAUUGAUUUUCAGUU